AUGGGUAAUCAAUCAUUGGAAAUUGGUAUAACCUUACUUCAAUUAAUGCCAUUUUAUUUCAAUUCAAAUAAAAAUGGGUUGCUGAGUAGGUCACAGGAUGUAUGGAUCUAUAACGAAAAGUCAUUUGAAAGAAUGCUACCCUUGGCUUGUCAAUCCUUACCUUUACGUCUACAUCAGAUCCUCCUUGUUUAUCGAUUAUGCUUCCCAGAUAGUGGACCACUUGAUCAAAAAAAUCCGUAA